UCGUCAGAAUAUUUAGCGGAGGACGACAGCACACCGCUCCUGGCAACAUGUAUAUUCUUCGUGGGCCUGGAGACAAUAUUCAUGGGCCUCCUUUACACUUCUCGGUACUUUGGCGAUCGUAAGAAAUCAAAUUGGUGGAUGAUUAUUCUCAUGACGAAUGGGUACCUCGUUUGUAUGGGCAAACUCACGCUAGGGAUAUUAAUGGUAGAAAUUGGGGGAGCAGGUCGCCAUCUCGCUACCCUCCCGUCUCAUACCAUCGAAAACACACUCCGCCUCCAAACUGCUCUUCAAAUCAUCUGCCCGCUCACAACUUCAAUGACCAAACUCGCGGUUCUCUGUCUAUUCCAUCAAAUACUCGGUCAAACAAGUAGAACGUACAGCCUCGUCAUCAAGACAACCUUCAUCCUCGUCCUAGCAAUUCUGAUCGCCCAGUGCCUAAUCCCUUUCAUAAACUGCCGCCCCUUCGCCUACACAUGGGACAUGACCCUCCAUGGACACUGUUCCAUCUCGGCCCUCGUUCUUUGGCGCUACCUCAGUAUCCCCAACAUCGUCACCACCUUCGUCUUGAUCUCGAUCCCAUUGCCAGCACUGUACAAACUGAAAAUCAGCCGCGCGAUGAAGGUAGGGCUUAGCUUGGUCUUCAUAGUCUGCGGUUUCGGCGUCGUUGCCGCGAUAAUGCGGUUUUAUUCGUUCCUGGAAGUACAGGAUUUCCAUGAUAUUACGUUUGAGGUAGUGAAACCGCUUUGUUGGACGGCAGCGGAGAGUGGGAUAUAUCUUGUGGCCGGCGUAAUGCCGAUGUUGAGGCCGUUGGCAAAGAGGGUG